UAAGAAUAGAGCAUGGAUUUCUUGUCCAUUCGCGUGGAAAGAAUCGUACCGAUCUUACUUGACACGCCGGCUGGAAGUGGUCAUCUAUACAGAGGUGCCGAAGAAGAAGCAAGUGCUGAUGUGAGUUGGCACACCCUUCCUCUCCGCCUCAGAAUCCAAUAAGUACCGACUCGCAUUACACCAUGCUGCUCGCACUCUCCACCUUGCACCACGCGAUGCACGACGACCUGGAUUUCGACCGGCUCAAGAUCGACGACGACUUUUGGCGCCGCCUCCUCGCACUUGACGCCGACCUCGAGACCAAGAAGCGCCACGAGUGCAGCUUUUGUGGGAAGCGCUGCAAGUGCAACUCGGAGCUCGUGCAUCACAUGCGCACGCACACGCAAGAGAAGCCGUUUGUGUGCUCGUUCGAAGGCUGCAACAAGCGCUUUACGCAGAGCUCCAACUGCACCGCGCACAUUCGGUCGGCGCAUUACGGCGUCAAAGCAUACGCGUGCACGUUUCCCGGCUGCUCGAAGCGCUACUCGCACAGUACGUCGCUCAAAGAGCACUCGUACACGCACACGGGAAAUCGUCCGUUCGUCUGCGAUGUCUGCGGCAAAGGCUUUGGCCAAAAGGUCAAUUUGAUCCGCCAUCUGAAGACCCACAAGACCAAGACCACCAACGCAAUUGUUUAG